AGGCGCGGCUUCUUCCCUCCAACCUUUGCGACGCUCUCACCUGGCUGCUUCCAGUCAGACACUGUGUACUACCCGGAAUGGACAUUUGAGUCAUGGACUCUCCACCGAGAAACUCUCCGGUAAGGCCGGGCUUCCAGAGUGUGGAGAUCCAGAAGACAACAUGGGAAGUCCCGGAAAGAUACACGGCGCUGCGGGCAGUUGGCUCUGGUGCCUAUGGCACAGUUUGCUCUGCCAUAGACCAGAGGACCAAGGAGAAGGUGGCCAUUAAGAAGCUGUAUCGGCCUUUCCAGUCCCUCAUCCACACCAAACGAGCUUACCGGGAACUCAGGCUGCUUCGCCACAUUGAGCAUGAAAAUGUUAUAUGUCUCCUCGACGUCUUCACACCUGAUUCUUCCAUGGAGAAAUUCCAAACCUUUUACAUGGUGAUGCCCUUUGUAGCGCAAGAUCUGAGCCACAUCAUGAAGAAGCGGAGAUUGACUGAUCGCAUUAUCACAUACCUGUUCUACCAGCUUCUAAGAGGACUUAAAUACAUUCAUUCUGCUGGCAUCAUCCACCGGGACCUAAAACCUGGCAACUUGGCAGUGAACGAGAACUGUGAACUAAAGAUAUUGGACUUUGGCCUAGCGAGGCACACAGAGACUGAGAUGACUGGUUAUGUGGUGACCCGCUGGUACCGAGCUCCAGAGGUCAUAUUCAACUGGAUGCACUACAGUCAGACAGUGGAUGUCUGGUCAGCUGCCUGCAUCCUGGCUGAGAUGAUCACCGGCCAGAUUCUUUUUCCUGGAGACGACAGUCUUGAUCAACUGAAAAAGAUCCUCCGCUUGACUGGAACACCUGACUCAACUUUGGUGCAGAAGAUGCAGAGUAAAGAUGCACAGUCGUAUGUUCAAGGUCUCCCUGCGCAAAAGAAGAAAAACUUCAAAGAGGUCUUUCCGUCCAUGGACGAAAAAGCUGUCUCGCUUCUGGAGGGUAUGUUGCUGCUGGAUCCAGACACAAGAUUGACAGCCACACAGGGACUCUCGCACCCCUUCUUGGAGGAAUACCAUGACCUGGAGAGCGAGCCUGACUCUCAGCCGUAUGAUGAUUCCUUUGAGAGCCUGGAGCUCACCGUUGCAGAGUGGAAGAGUCUCAUCCACAUGGAGAUUAUGACUUUUGACCCAGAUGAUCCCAGUCAGACAGCCAUAUAGGGAGAUGCACCGGCGCUAACCUUAUAUUUAAUUUUUAAUGCUCCCUUAAGCCUUUUUGCCAUCAGAUAAUAGCUAAAUGUAAGUGAUUAUGAACUAAAUAUACCCAUGUGAUGUGCUAACCAGUCAAUAAUGAAUAAUUCAUUUCGUCAGCCCUCUAAUUAUCGGUGAAGCCCCCUUUAGCCCCGGGAGAUAAAACAAAUCCUGCUGUUGCUAUUGUGUAUUUAGUCAUUGAUAUAUUUAUUGUAUUUUCUACUAGUAUUAUUAUGUAUUUACCUAUUUAUCUUUUAAGUGCUGUAUAUAUGAGUCUAACGCUUUGAUUAGUCCUGCAGUACAAAUAUUGUGAUUCUCAGGCCACAGCAUUAAUACUAGUAUUUGCAGUGCAAAACAAAUUGGGCAAAGGGAGAAGUGGUAGUAGUCAUAUUACUUUUGACCACUAGAAAGCAGCAUUAGAUCAAUUCAAACAAGCCUUAAGCGUGAAAACGAUGUAAACCGGUGUUGUCAUGUAUUAUGUUUUUGACAAAUGGAGAUAGUAUAGUAUCUUGUGCCAAAUCAAAUUGGUUAAUUUAUAAAAUUCUGAGUCAAUCUCAGACCUAAUAUUCCGAACUUUGCUUGAAUGGGAACAGACAAAAUACAAAAUAUUGGAAAUGACUUCUCAGUAUGAUACACGAUUAUAGCAACCACUAUAAUAAUACAUACCCCCACCCCACCCUACUCCGUUCCUCAUGGAGUGAUUAAGUCCUGAACUUUAAUAACAUAACUGGGCGUGAAAUAGUUUUCUUUGCCUCAGGCUUGGUUUGUGUUAGUGAAAUUUUGCAUGUUUGCAAUUGUACUGUUUAGGUUUCUGUCAGGUGAUGCCAGAUACAGCACGAUCUGAAAAGAUUUGACUACAGCAGGGGGCACCAAUGUGGUGCCCGUGGGAACCAGGCAGGCAGGUAGCCAGCAAGGACCAUAUGAGUACCAGGGUACGUGGGGUAAAAAAUCCUCACCAGUGAUAGGAUUUUCUUGGAGUGUUGUACAAUUGAUUUAAAAAAUGUAUGCACUGUGAGAUAUCUGAUUAAAAAGUGUUGCAUAUAA